UUUCGCAGGUCCAACGUCUAGACGCGUUUAAAGUCGCGCUUAAAACGCACGUGCAAAAGUGCAGUAUCAGACCGCUCGUUUACCGCCUACCGCUCACUGUACCGCUCUGUACCGCUCUCUCAUUCUCUCUCUCUGCCUCCGUCUCUGUUUCUUCCGUUGACAAAGUGUAAAGUGCAAAGACAGCAGCAGCAGCAGCAGCGUUAACGCAGCGCCAGCGUCUCAGCAUCAAGUCAGUUGAGUUUAGAGCUCAGGCCGCCUUUUGGCCAACGACUCGAAGUCAGUCUGUUUCGAACCUUUCAGCGCAACGCAAGUGCUCCGGUUUAUACGCUCGCUCCGAUCGUAGCUUUUUCGUGUGAGCCGCCGAUCGCGAACGCGUUCGUGCCCUAAGUCUUUCGUUUGGCGAGAAGUGGAUUAUUACAAAAGCACCAGCACCAGCGAAAACGAAACGACUGAAAAUUGUGUGCAAAUACAAAUAGAUUUUGGCCCAACUAGAACGCGCAUUCAAUGUGUGCCUGAAACACAUCAAACACAGCCUCAGCAUUGCAAAAGAUUGGUCCGGCAGCGAAGUAAAAGUAAACGCUUAACAAAGUAACUAGCAUUUAGACAAAGGCAAAUAAAAAACAAGAAAUAGGCAAAGCAAAGCAAAGCAAACAAAACAACACCCACCAGCGGCGCAAAUCCAGUAAAUCCAAAUCCAAAUACAACAAAUAAAAUGCUGAUAUCAACCAUUUCCACAGACUCCGCGAUGGCGGCCACAAACAACGAUGGUGGCACACAGACACAGUCGAAUGCCGUGGCGACUUGGGGAGCUCCGGCAAAUGGACCCCGGAACACACAGGCCGCCGUAUCCGUGCGGCAUGCCUUCAAGGCCUACGGCAAGAAGAAGAACGCCAACCAGGUGCUGAAUAACCUGAACAUGACUGUGCCCAAGGGAACAAUCUAUGGUCUUCUGGGAGCCUCCGGAUGUGGCAAGACCACACUGCUGUCCUGCAUUGUGGGUCGCCGCUACAUGGACGCCGGUGAGAUCUUCGUGCUGGGCGGCAAACCCGGCACUCGGGGAUCGGGUGUUCCGGGAAAACGUGUGGGCUACAUGCCCCAGGAGAUCGCCCUGUACGGCGAGUUCUCCAUCCAGGAGACCAUGAUGUAUUUUGGCUGGAUCUUCGGCAUGGAGACCAAGGAGAUCUUGGAGCGUCUACAGUUCCUGCUGAACUUCCUCGAUCUGCCGUCGGAGAAGCGUCUGGUCAAGAAUUUGAGUGGUGGUCAGCAGCGUCGUGUGAGUUUCGCCGUGGCCCUGAUGCACGAUCCCGAGCUCCUGAUUCUGGAUGAGCCCACCGUGGGCGUGGACCCACUGCUGCGACAGAGCAUCUGGAAUCACCUGGUGCACAUCACCAAGGCGGGCCAGAAGACGGUCAUCAUCACAACUCAUUAUAUUGAGGAGGCGCGACAGGCGCAUACGAUCGGUCUAAUGCGAUCGGGUCACCUGCUGGCCGAGGAGUCGCCCAGCGUCCUGCUCUCCCUGUACAAGUGCAUCAGUCUGGAGGAGGUGUUCCUCAAGCUAUCCCGCAUCCAGAGCCAAAAGGGCGAUGUGACCCAUGUGAACUUCAGUAACAACAUCUCGUUGCACGCCAUGGCCUUCGGCAGCAAGAUGGACAAGCCGAGCUCCAGUCAGGAGGGCGGCGUGGUGGGCCUCAACUUCCACCAGAGCAAGGAGGUGCUGAUCAACGACAGCAAUGGAUCGAUUUACACGGUUUGUUUGGGGAAUUCCCUUUGUGCGCGAUUUCCCGGCUCAUUUAGUGUGCUUUUCCAACAGCUCAACCAGGAACCAUAUAGUCCACCGCCGUCGAGGCGCAACAACAAUCCCAAUGACGAGGAGAGCUGCCAGGACUGCUAUGCCAACCUGUGCAAGAUCACCUCCAAGGGCAAGAUCCGCGCCCUGCUCACCAAGAACAUGCUGCGCAUGUGGCGCAACGUGGGCGUGAUGCUGUUCAUCUUCGCCCUGCCCGUCAUGCAGGUGAUCCUCUUCUGCCUGGCCAUCGGACGCGAUCCCCAGGGCCUCAACCUGGCCAUAGUCAACGGGGAGAUGAACGACACGGACAACUGUUACUGGGAGGACGGCUGCCACUUUAAGAACCUGGGAUGUCGCUACCUGAGUCACCUGAACACGAGUGUGGUCAAAACGUAUUAUGAGGACCUAGAAGAUGCCAAAGAAGCCGUGCGAAAGGGGACAGCUUGGGGAGCCGUCUACAUAAGCGAAAACUUCACGGACGCCUUCAUUGCCCGAGCAAAUCUGGGACGUGACUCCGAUGACGAGACAAUCGACUCCUCCGAGGUGAAGGUCUGGCUGGACAUGUCCAACCAGCAGAUCGGCGUCAUGCUCAACCGAGACAUCCAGCUGGCCUUCAGGGACUUUGCCAUGGGGCUGUUGGGCCAGUGCGGCAGCAAUCCGAAAUUGGGCGACGUGCCCAUUCAGUUCAGGGACCCCAUCUACGGCACCAUGAAUCCAUCGUUCACCGAUUUCGUGGCACCUGGCGUGAUCUUGACCAUUGUAUUCUUCUUGGCUGUCGCUUUAACGUCAUCGGCUCUGAUCAUUGAGCGCACUGAGGGCCUUUUGGAUCGCUCCUGGGUGGCAGGUGUCUCUCCUUUCGAGAUCCUGUUUUCCCACGUGAUCACCCAGUUUGUGGUGAUGUGCGGACAGACUACCCUGGUGUUGAUCUUCAUGCUGGUGGUGUUCGGAGUUACCAAUAAUGGCGACCUCUUCUGGGUGAUUGUGUUGACCCUGCUGCAGGGCAUGUGUGGCAUGUGCUUUGGUUUCCUCAUCUCCUCGGUCUGCGAGCUGGAGAGGAAUGCCAUCCAGCUGGCGCUGGGCUCCUUCUAUCCCACCCUGCUGCUGUCCGGCGUGAUCUGGCCCAUUGAGGGCAUGCCCGUGGUGCUGAGAUACAUAUCCUUGUGCCUGCCAUUAACACUGGCCACCUCUUCGCUGCGCUCCAUCCUUACACGUGGCUGGGCGAUACUGGAGUCGGAUGUGUACAUCGGCUAUGUGAGCACAUUGUCCUGGAUCGUGGGCUUCCUGGUGCUGACGCUCCUCGUGCUGCGGGCCAAACGCGGCUAGGAACUCCAGAUGUCACCGUAUUUUUAGAUGCCUACUUUAGAUCACGAUUAGUCGUCCUCGUCGUCCUAGUUAGUUUACCCCCUAUACUUCGGCUCUACUUCUUAUCUGCUUACAAGUUUCACUUCCCACGUAUCUGCCCAAAAUGUCAUAAAUUAUUUAAGCACAUUUCUACUCGGCACCACUCGUUUCCCUAGGCUAAGUUUUGCACAUUUCGUAGUUUAAAGCGUAAGGUUUAGGUACCUAAAUGAAUUGUUGUAAAUAUUUUGUGUCACGAAUUCAGUAAUCCGUUGCUAGAUGUCCAUUAUUUGCAACCCUCUGUACUAGAACUUUUCUCGAUUCCGAAACAACGGGCAAUUUAUUACACACACAUAACUAAUUUUAUAUAUUUUUCAAUGGACUGUGAUUGUUUUUUCUACAUAAUUCACGCGAAUACACGUAGGGCAAGCAUAAAAAAUAACAAAAGAAAAAGAAAACAAUGAAAAGCGAACAAAAACAAUGGUGGGUUUUGUCAAUAACAUUAAGUAGCUUAAAGCAUUUUUUGUAUGGGUUUAAGUUUUUUAAGGUAAAACAUAAUUAAAUACAAUAAUGUGCACUACCCUAAAGAGUACGUAAAGAAAUCUAUUUCAGGAAAUAUUAUGCGCUGAGCAUAAGUAUUUCACAACGAACAAAACAUAAGACAAUGAACAACGAACAAGUGAAAAAACGUUCUUAUUUAAGUAAAAGUAAAUCAUUAACUAUGUGAACGCAGUUAUGUAUAAAUAAUAAUAAAAAUAAAACGUCAAUAAACAAAAA